AUGUACAGUAUAAUACCUGCAGAAGAUGUGCCAGAUCAGAACGACGGUUACACCUUUCCUUUAGGCUGCUUUGACUCUGAGUUGUCGGGACAGCGGUUGUUGGAUAAGGCUUGCGUCACCUCGGCUGAGCUGCAUGCCUUCGCCUCGACGCAGAAGAGAGCUCCUGAAAUCCAGGACGCCUGUACAAACACUGAACCGUCUCGCCCCGUCACAGAUGAAGCCGUUUCCAUCCAGCUUCCUUCAUCUCCCAGCAUGCCAUCUGCUCCUGGAGGAGGGCCGAUAGAUGUUGCUCCUGUCGUUCCUCCAGAUGUUUUCUUGAAUCUUCGCUACUCUAAGGAAACAUCAUUAGAUCCGGAGAACAGAAGCCCUGCGGAGUCUGACAGUCCAGAGGGACGACGGUUCAUCAACGUGAUCGAUCUGACAGACGACUCUCUGCUUCAGAGUCUGCCCUCAUCGGCUCAGCUCCACCUACUAGCGGCGUCUGUCGUAAACCCCGCCCACAAACCUGACUUAAGCCCCGCCCCUAACAACACUGAGAAUCUGGCUGGAGGGAAUCCAGGCCCCUCAGUAGUGUGCGUGUCUCCUGAAGCCGUUCUCGGUGGAGACCCCGUGACUCUGAGCGUCCUGACGGGUGUUAGGUUGCCUCCUCCACGCGCUCUGGACCGGAUGCUGAUGUCCAGGAGUCAGAUCUCAGCGCGGCUCUCAGAGAUGGAUGCUCAGCUGCUCAGACUGCAGAGCAUCGCCGAUCACAUGGACCGAGAGUUCGCCAGCACCAGACUGCUGGUGAACACUAUUGAGACACAGAGUCCUUCAGUGAUGGAGAAGAAACCUCAGUCCAGCUCUCUCAGAGUCAUACAAGAAGUGAGGAGCUACUGUCCUUCACCGCAUCGGUUUGGAGCGACGACCGACCCAGAGAGAGAAGAUGAGGAGGUUUUGUCUUCUUCUGCAUUGACCCGAAGUUCAGUCUAUCACGAGCGCUUACCUCUGACAGUGAAACUGGAGCAGCGUGAGCGAGAUACUGAUCCUGGUGAGUGA